AUGGCAGAGCAUGACAGAAUUUCUCUCAUUGCGCCAUCUCUUGGCUCGGAGUUAGUAGGAACUUUGGAUAGUGAGCAGAAUAUUGCACUAUUUCGAGGAAUUCCUUAUGCGACUUUGACCAAACGAUGGACGCAUAGCGAGACGAGAAACAAGCUAGAAAGCCCCUUCGAUGCCACUCGGCUCGGAUACCGCUGUAGCCAGCUUAGUGGAAUGGUUCUUGUCUCAGGAGGAACAAACGAUCCCCUUCCUGGUGAUGACGAAUUCAAAUGUCUCAACCUCAAUAUUGCAGUUCCGAAAGAAUCGCUAGGAGUCCAAGGGCCGAAGUCUCUCCCAGUGAUGGUAUGGAUUCAUGGGGGUGGUUUCGCCUUCGGUGCAAAUUCAGUCUCGCGGUAUCGUCCUCAAGCUCUCGUUGCACAUGCGCGCAAUAACAAUACGCCUGUCAUCCUGGUUUCGAUAAACUAUCGCCUAGGUGCGUUGGGAUUUUCAGCUUCCCAAGAUCUCGCCGAAGAGGUCAACGGUGGGAGCAAGACGCGUCCCGUUGGAAAUUAUGGACUUAUUGACCAACGCAACGCUCUUGAAUGGGUAAAUCGCCAUAUUCAAGAUUUCGGCGGUGACCCGUCAAAUAUUACAGUCUUUGGUGUGAGCGCAGGUAGCGUCAGUAUCCACUUGCACCUACUUGCAGGGCAUGCGCUAUUUGAUAGAGCCAUCAUGAUGUCCGGCGCAGCACCCGUAUUGAGCCCUCUACCCAUGGAGUGGUAUCAAAACGAAUGGAUCACCCUUUGCCACAAUGCAGGCAUUGACGCAUCGUCGCCCCAGGAGCGGCUAGAGCAGCUUCGCCAGCUGGAGGUGUCUGAUAUUCUCAAGCUUUCAAGCCCAGGUGUCAUGGGGCCGGUCGCAGAUGGCAAGCUCUUGAACGAAAACUGGAAAUAUGAAGACGAUGCCCCAAAUAAGCGUUGCAAAGAAUUCAUUAUUGGAGAUACAAACAUUGAGGCGAUCAUUUUUGACGGCUUGAUUAAACGUCUACCACAAGAGCGUUUCCAGCAAUUGGUGAAUGACUCAUUCACCUCACAGGUUGCCCAGGAGCUCUAUUCCAAAUUUGGAUUUAGUCGUGACCCCCAAUCGGAAGAAGACUUCCGUAAAGCUUUCAGGUUACUUGUCGGGAAUACGCUAUUCAACUACUCCCAUCUCGGCAUUGCCAAGUCCUCUCAGAAUUCGGAGGCUUGGGGAGACAAAGUUUACCUUUACCAUUUCGAGGAACCUUCUCCCUUCCCAGGACCAACGCGUGGUCUCUCAUAUCACGGCCUGUGUGCAAUGCUUUUGCAUAUGAACGAAUUCGAUAUUUGCCCACCUUCUACACAAAAUGUCUCGAGAGAAGCUGCUAGAAUCUGGACAGCUUUUGCGCAUAGAAAGCAGCCUUGGGAGCCCUAUUCCAAAGAGCAAAGAUUCAUGCGCUUUGGUCCUGACGGGGAAUCAACCCUUCAAAGUUUUGAAAGUGACAAGACUAGAGACUAUGGGUUUCAAGAAUGGCUUGGCGUUCAUAUUGAUGAGGUUGGGUUAUUUGUGCGAAAGCUCGUUCUGGAUUUGGAAAACAACAAGAUCUAA